AUGCUACUCUUUCCUGAAGCUGUCGUGCUCUCUGGAGAAGCCGUAGCUGUUUCUGAUGUGAUGGAUUCAAAGCUGGUGGUCUCUGGCAAAGUGGGAGAAGUCACCAUGCUGCUCUUUCCUGAAGCUGUCGUGCUCUCUGGAGAAGCCGUAGCUGUUUCGGAUGUGAUGGAUUCAAAGCUGGUGGUCUCUGGCAAGAUGCUCCUGGGACGAUACUUGCUCUCUUGUCUUUUCCAUCUCCUGAUGGUUUCCCGCCAGUCUGCGUUGGCUCAGAAAGAUCGGAAGAAAGUGGUCCACGUGUCUGAGGACGACAGCGGUGCGGUUGUGGUUCAGACAGCACCUGGGAAAGUGGUCACCCACCGUGGGGGCACCAUCAUCUUGCCUUGCCGCUUCCACUAUGAUGUAUCGGCCCAUGACCCCGAUGAGAUCCGCUUGAAGUGGACCAAGAUGGUGGAGCCCAUGUCAUUUGAGGACGUCUUUGUAGCCAUGGGGAAGGAGCGCCGAGCCUUUGGGAACUACCGGGGUCGAACCACCCUGCAGGAGGACGGAUCCAGUGACGCCUCCCUCAUCAUCCGGAAUGUUACUCUUCAGGAUUAUGGGCGCUACGAGUGUGAGGUGACCAAUGAGCUAGAAGAUGAUGCUGGAAUGGUGAAGCUGGACCUGGAAGGGGUGAUCUUCCCCUACCACCCUCGCUUGGGGCGCUACUCGCUGAAUUUCCAUGAAGCACAGAAGGCCUGUCUAGAGCAGGAUGGCAUCCUGGCCUCCUACGACCAGUUGCACGAAGCCUGGCUGGAUGGACUGGAUUGGUGCAACGCUGGGUGGCUGGAAGAUGGCUCUGUCCAGUAUCCCAUCUCCAAGGCCCGGGAUGAAUGUGGACGAAAAGACACCCCAGUUGGAGUGAGGAACUACGGCUACCGGCACAAAGACCGCGAGCGUUACGAUGCCUUCUGCUUUACUUCAAAUCUGAACGGCAAAGUCUUCUUCCUCAAAACCUACCGCAAACUCAGCUUCCCCGAAGCCGUCUUGGCCUGCAAGCGAAACGGAGCUAUGGUGGCCAAGGUGGGCCAGCUCUACGCCGCUUGGAAGAUCCAGCUCUUGGACAAAUGCGAGGCCGGCUGGGUUGGGGACGGAAGCGUCCGCUACCCCAUCGUCAACCCCAGGUCGCGCUGUGGGGGCCGGGAACCCGGCGUUCGCAACCUGGGCUUCCCCGACAAGAAAUACAAACUCUUUGGGGUCUAUUGCUUCAAAGAGGCUGGUCUCGGCAUGUGCUGCAUCACCACCCGGCUGGAGCUGACCCUGCUGAUCCUUGCCUGCUCAUCUGAAUCUUCUUCAGCAUCUCGGAAGAAGAAAAGCGCUGCUUUAGCCUUUCGCAUUGGCUGCUCCAUUGCUGAUGAUGCUACUUUGGGACUCAUGUUUUCCGUUGUCCUGCUUUCUCAUGUUGCAACCACCGGCUCUUGGUUGAAAGCCCUCCUCCCAGCCUGUCCUGUUUCGAGCCACAAAGCUGAAAUCUCGCGGGUGAGCCAACUCUCCCGUCAGCCAGUGGUUGUGGGAGCUGGACCGUAA